AUGAAUAUUCGAAGGUUCAGAAUGGUUUUAGGGCUAUUAGAUGAUGGACUCCUUUCUCAAAUGAUUUUUAAUGCUAUGGAUAUUGAUAAUAACAACCUACUUGAUUUUUAUGAAUUUGGUAGAUCUUUGGCUAUAAUGAUUUCAGAAAAUUUUGACGAAAAGGCAAUGUUUUCGUACAGAAUAAUAAAGGGAGAAGAUCAUACAGAUGCAGGUGAUGGGAUAACAUUUGAGAAGUUAUUAAAAUCGAUUAGAGCUAUCGAUAACGCUAGAUACAUGCUCGUUGGGCCAAACAUAUUAAAUUUUUCAGAUCAAGAAAUUAAGAAUUUUUUUAAUAAUUACUCGAAAAUAAAAGAUGGAGAAAAUGAACCUAAGAUCUUUUUUGAAAGUUAUAAAAUGGCGAUUCAAGAUUCUCCCGAGUUUCUCUCAUUUUUUGGAAUAAUAACUCCAAAUAUACUUGAAUCUUAUGAUUUAGAUAUUGAUAGUAGGAAACCUCCUCUUAUUUUCGAAGGAAUUAAUAUUUUUAAUAGGGCAACAGUUGAGAAAGUUGAUUAUAUUGAAUCUAUUGACAAGGAGCUGACCUCAAAGUUGAGAUUACAAGUCUUUAAUAUCUUGGAAGAUAUCAAAAACAUUAAACAAGAAACAACGGAUUCACUAAAUGCUCUGGAAAAAUGGAUUUUAAACCCAAAAGAAAAUAACUUAUUAAAUUGUAUGUUUUUUAAUAUCAAUGGCAACUCAAAAAAGUCGGGAAUUCAAAAUUUUGUUGGUAUUAAUAACUUAAUCAACACAUUUACUGAUGACAUGCUUUCAUUGAAAAAUGUAUUGAAUAAUAAUAUUGAGAUGCUUGAUUUAAUUUACAAAAGAAGCGUUUGUUCUUUGCAAAAUAAGGUUUCAUCCCAGAUCGUACCAUGCAACAGUAGCUUAAAUUUGGGAACAAUAAAAAAGGUUUAUAAUCGAAGGAAAAUGUACAUAAAUAAAGGUAAUGUUGCUCCAAAUACUAAAAAUCGCAUGUCAGCAAGUGAAAUGAUUAAGAAAACUUUUAUGCAUAAAUCAACCAGUAACCUUGAUUAUAGUAGGAAUAAUUAUACUGCUAAUACUCGAAAACGAAUUUCCUUGAUACAUAUGUAUAGAAGAAAAAGCAAUAUAAGCGGAGGAUUCCAAAAUAUGGGGAAAGCGUCGAGCAAUAUUAAAGUGAAGAGUUAUGAGACGAAUAAGCUUUCAAUGAAAUCCAAGCAUUCUCAUUUAGAUAAAGAAUCACCCUCAGUAAAUGUAAUAAAUGCUCAUAUGAUGAAGAGAACUAAGGGUUAUGUAGUUUAUAUUGGCCAUGAGAGCUGGAAUACUGUGUUGAAUAUGAUGAUUGGAAUGAGAUUAGCAAUAGGAAGGGUUUAUUCAGAACCAAAUCGAAAUGUAGCAGAUUACGACUUUAUUAUGAAAGAAAAGUUUUUUAUAAUUCCUAGGACUCAGAAUUUAUCAAAUAUUAAACCAAAUAUUCCGAUUCAAAAAGCAAUUGAUUAUAAAGGAUUUGUAAAACCUGUGCAAUUUAUUGAUUAUAAUCCCAUGGUUUUCAGAAAAAUUCGAGAAAUAUGCAAUAUUUCUCCUGAAUCAUACGUAAGAAGUGUUGGUCCAGAACAGUUAUUAGGGAAUAUGGUAUUGGGAAACUUAUCUUCUAUGAACGAAUUAUGUAGUGAGGGGAAAUCAGGUGCAUUUUUUUACUACACUACAGACGGAAGAUUUUUGAUUAAAACGGUAAAGAAAAAGACAGCAGUCUUUUUUAGAAGCAUACUGAACAAAUAUUUUAGCCAUAUUGAAAAGAAUCAAAAUAGCUUGAUAACAAGAAUCUAUGGCCUUCAUGCUCUUAGAUUUAAAAAGCCUCUUCUUCAACCAUUCAAUACAAUAAGGGAACAAAUUUCGAGUAAUGGAAAUUCAAUAAUAAGGAGAAAAAGCAAAAUACAUAAAAUUUUUUUUAUUGUUAUGGAAAAUAUCUUUCAUACUCCAGUUGAGAUUCAUAGAAGAUAUGACAUAAAAGGAAGUUGGGUUGGAAGAUCAACACCUUUAAUUCUUCAAGAAGAUAAAACUAUUGCUUUAAAGGAGUUAGACAUGAAAAAUAAUAAAGAAAUGCUACAUAUUGAUCAAAAAAAUCAAAUUGAUUUAUUAAAACAACUGGAAAUAGACUGCCGAUUUUUUGAGCUUUAUAACAUAAUGGAUUAUUCACUUCUAAUUGGAAUACAUGAUGUACAAGAUGACUCCCAAAACAUUAAAUCUCUUAUUGAAAAUAAAAAUAGUAGAAAAUUUGUUGGAAUUCUUUCCUCUGAUCAAAAGAAAGUUUAUUACUUAGGAUUUAUUGACUUUUUUUCGACUUGGAGUACUAUAAAAAAGUUUGAAAGACUCUAUAAAGCAAUCAUCAUUGGAUCAUCAAAUGGUAUUUCAGCGGUUCCACCAGAUAAGUACUCAUUGCGCUUUAUGAAAUUUAUUAAAUCGAGAAUAUCUGAAUGA